GGAAAAAGCCAAAAAUAUAAGGGGCGCGGGAAUAUAAUAAUAAUUAAAGUGGCAUUUUCGCGCGAGAAAAAUUUCACAAAAUCACACACUAUUUAAAAGCUAGGGUUUCGACGUCUAAUAAGUAUUUCAAUAAACUCAUCAGCUUCGAAAUCUAACCGAGGUAUGGAUACAUCAAACCCUGCAGUCUUCGUCAAUGCUGAGCUCCUCCGCUUGCAUAUGGGAAGGAGGGUUCGAGCUGUGAUUCAGGUUAUGCGCUCUGAUGGUGGCGGUACAGUGAUUGGGAGAUCUACAGAUGACCAGCAGAUAGUUGUGAAAGGCAAUCCCCCUGGUCCUCUUACAACAUUUGUUGAGGUCAUAGGUAUCGCUGACAGUAACCAAUCUAUCCGUGCUGAAAUGUGGUCCAACUUUGGGGACACACUAGAUACAUAUAGCUACAACCAUGUUUGCUUGCUGGCAAAUGGCGAUUAUAAACACUUGUUCAUAUGAGGACUUGAAAUCGACAUGAUUUAGUGGAUCCUAAGAAUUGAUCCAACUCUUUCACUGCCUCUAUCCUUAUACAUGAUGUCUGUGAAAACUUGUUUAGUUUGGGAUGGCUGUUAUGUUGUGGUAUAUGUGCCUGCUGAAAUCCAGAAAUUCUAUUACUUGCACUACAUUGUCUCUGUUGCUAGGCAAUGUUAGCUUUUGCUGAUUUGCAACUCCAUAUAUUGAUAGUUGAGUAACAACA